CUUCACUCAUCAGAGUCCAACAGUAAAGUCGCUAACACGAUGAAGUGGCUCGUUGUGCUGUCAGCUCUCGUGGCUUUCUCCGAAUGCCUCCAUAAGAUUCCCCUGAUUAAGGGGAAGACUGCCAGGGAAGCCCUGAUGGAGAAGGGUCUCUGGGAGGAGUACAGGAAGAAGUAUCCAUACAACCCAAUGGCCAAGUUCUACCAGACUGGAACUGAGCAAAUGACCAACGACGCUGACCUGUCCUACUACGGUGUGAUCUCCAUCGGUUCUCCCCCUCAGUCCUUCAGCGUCGUCUUUGACACCGGCUCCUCCAACCUGUGGGUCCCUUCAGUCUACUGCUCCAGCCAGGCCUGCAACAACCACAGGAAAUUCAACCCACAGCAGUCCUCCACCUUCCACUGGGGCAACCAGCCCCUGUCUAUCCAGUACGGCACUGGGAGUAUGACUGGGUAUCUGGCUAGUGACACGGUUGAGGUGGGCGGCAUUUCUGUGGCCAACCAGGUGUUUGGACUCAGCCAAACAGAGGCUCCCUUCAUGACUCACAUGCAGCCUGAUGGCAUCCUGGGCUUGGCCUUCCAGUCCAUCGCCUCUGACAAUGUUGUGCCUGUCUUUGACAACAUGGUCAAGCAAAAUCUGGUGCAGCAGCCCCUGUUCUCCGUCUACCUGAGCAGCAACAACGCACAGGGCAGUGAGUUGGUCCUUGGAGGAAUUGAUGGCAACCACUACACCGGGCAGAUCACCUGGAUCCCUCUGUCCUCUGCCACCUACUGGCAGAUCAAAAUGGACAGUGUGACCAUUAAUGGAAAGACCGUGGCUUGUGCUGGUGGCUGCCAGGCCAUCAUCGACACUGGCACCUCCCUGAUCGUUGGACCAAACAAUGACAUCAAUAACAUUAAUGCCUGGGUUGGAGCUUCAACCAACCAGUACGGAGAGUCCACAGUGAACUGCCAGAACAUCCAGAACAUGCCCGAUGUCACCUUCAACCUCAAUGGACACUCCUUCACUGUCCCUGCAUCUGCCUACGUCUCCCAGAGCUACUAUGGUUGCAACACUGGCUUCGGUCAGGGUGGCUCUGACCAGCUCUGGAUCCUGGGAGAUGUCUUCAUCAGGGAGUUCUACGCCAUCUUUGAUACCCAGUCUCAGUACAUUGGUCUGGCUAAGUCUGUGUAAUCAAAUUAGACACCUGACGUGGUUUUCUGAAGGCGCUUUUCUGUAAAUCUGUGCAAAUGGGAGUUUGUAGAAUGUAAAAGUGGAACGUGUAGCUGCCUU